UGCAGUUCAUGCCCAUUUGGACCGAGGUGGCGGACGCGGUGUAUUUAUUAACUAACACAGUGAUCCUGACAUUAGGCAGUUUUACUUUCCAAAGUAAAACAGAUAUGAGCGUAUUAAACUUUACAAUGAAUAAUUUAUUUAGACUGUCUGUCGGUUUGUUUCGUUCAGGUACUGGAGUGUACAGACUGGGACCAGUGUCCGAGGGGCAUGCAUCGUUGGUUGUAGCACGACUUUUCAGUAGUGCACCCGAAAAUAAUGAGCUGGGGCAGCUGAUUAAAAAGGAUAAGGUUGUGGUGUUUAUCAAGGGAACCCCUGCUCAGCCGAUGUGUGGUUUCAGCAACGCCGUUGUGCAAAUCCUUCGGAUGCAUGGUGUUGACGAUUACGCCUCUUACAACGUGUUGGAGGACCAGGACUUGAGACAAGGAGUCAAAGACUUUUCCAACUGGCCGACCAUCCCUCAGGUUUACUUCAAUGGGGAGUUUGUUGGGGGCUGUGACAUCCUGCUUCAGAUGCACCAGAAUGGAGACCUUGUGGAAGAACUGAAGAAAUUGGGAAUCCACUCAGCUCUUCUAGAUGCAAAUAAAGAUGAGCAAAAAAAGUAAAAGUUACAGAAUGGAAAGAAUCACCAAAUAUUACUUUCUGUGAAUAUGUACCUGGAUUUCCAAAUAUUGUUCUGUUUCAGCAAUGCCUUGUACAAUCUCUUAAGAAGUCAAACACAGCUAGAGUUACACUGUAAAAUGAACACUAAAGUGCUGUCUGUGCACCUUGUCAUUCCACUCUUGCAACAAAGCUUGACUAGGCAGCACACACACAUUUACUAACAACCUUUCUGUGUACUUUUGGACUUUUUGGCUUGCUGCACUGUUUGUGAAACCUAAUAUUUAAAUAAGUUGGAGUAUUUGUUGUACUGAAAUGUAUAAUGAAAGCAAAAUUAGUGUGUCUGUGUAAACCUCUUUAUAUUAAAAUAUUAGUGUGAUUCAAAUCUGUACAUGUCUUUUGCUGCAAACACUAUCUUGUAUUUUUAGGUCCAUGAACAAUAUCUUAACAGGUGCAACAUGAAUCAUUCAAUAACAGCGCUCUAUACAGCACAUGCAGAACCUAUUAAUGUAUUUUUAGGGAAACACAUGCUACUUUUAGAUUUGUUCAUGGCUUAAGUGCUGUUUAAGAAAAUUACCAUUUUGCAGAAUCGCUGCAAUUGUUAAAGUAAGUAGAAUUUUAAACUACAGAUUAAGUAUGUCAGUCACAGACUGAGCAUGAUAAAGGGGCUUAAGGCUGACAUGCACAAGCUGGUUAAGACAAAUUUUGAUCAUUGUUGAAUGAUACUUGCAGCAGGCAAGCCAGUUGUCAUAUAUCUAUCCUGUACAGCUGCUUCACCAUUAUAAAAUAUAAUUCAGGACCCUGUUAGUGUAGCGUGAUCGUUACGAAUGGGUAAAUAUGUAAUUGGUGAGUCGUGAAUUAAUUGAGGUUGAAUUUCAGUUCAUUUUGGAAUAGUAAUUAAAAGAUAAUACAGAGUUUUGAGGGUCUAAAAAAAAAGAUUGCAGCACGGCGUCCAUAAAUCACCCCCUUCAUCGAACAUGUCUUGGGGAAACUCUGCCCCAGCUAGGGACUUGCAACCAACCAUAAUGUGAUGAAAUUAGACACUGGGUGCACUACAGAUGCAGGGGCACCACAUUAGGAGCAUUUUCAACAAUGAUAGCUACUGAUGCAGCACUGAAGAGCUUGUUGUAAACCCAUGUCGAAAUAGAAAAGGAGACGCUCUUAAGUGAUUAUUUUUGGAGAAACAGUAGCACUACUAUCAUUGCGUGCAACCUCUAUUUUUGUUGUAAACAUCGCCAGUGAUCAUUUUGCUAGUGCUAAUAUAAGGUAUGAAAAAUUAUUUCAAAACCUGUUAGCAUUUCCUCUAGAUAAUUUACAGUUUUUAAGUACAAUUACGUGCUGACAGAUUUGUGUGAAUAAGACCAUUUAUUAUAUAAGCACAUAGUUAUUGAAGCAAAUCUAAGCAUGUCUAGUGGGCCAUAAAUCAGAUUUUACAAAAAAAAAAGAACAAAAAAAAGGUUAGAAUCGUGCUUAUAGGCAUCAGUAAAGUGGAAGCUUCUUUCCUGGAUUACAUUUAUACCAAAAACAGACUAAUUGUAAUGCAUGUGCUAUGAGCCUGAUAUGGAAAAUAUUUUUAUGUCUCUUUUGUAAUAAAAAUAUUGAUCAUGUAUUUAAAAAAGUCUUGUAUGAUACUUUGGAGUUAUACUGUACUACUGUACCACAUUUUACAAAUUGAAAAAUAAAAACACGAAUCUGG